AUCCACCACGCUCUUACAACAGUCUGUUGUUUUUUUGUCGUUGGAGAGGCAGUGAACUUAACACGGUGGCUACAGAGGGGGAACUUUAUUAGACUCCGUGUCUUCUUUGGGUUUUUAUUCCGGGAAUUGACAUGGCAAAAGGUAAAGUCGCUCAUGUGUUGUCGGUUGAGUACACGUUGCACAAGCCUCAGGAGUUAAUGUGUAACGGAGCUAACAGCUAAUGCUAUCUAGCGUAACGUAAAUAGAGGGCAACCUUUAAAUAAGCGCAGCAGAUGUUUACAAAUAAAAGUCGCCGGUAUGUUUAGGGUUUUUAUUUGUUUAUUUUUUUUUUAUAAUUUUGGGUGAAUUAGAGCACAGUUUGUUUUGUUUUUUUUCCCUCCCAUGUUUAUAAAGGGAAGAAAAAUGUGCUGAGAACCGAGGACAGUGUUGAACAUAAAGUCAGCUCACGGAAAGAGACAAAGGAAAACAAACCAGCAACUAACAAGCAACUUGCCUUUGGACUUGGCCAUUUGGAGCAUCACAUGCAUGUUGUUAGUGGGUGGGAGCAGCAGUAAAGACAUGACAUACAGGACUGCGUAGGUAAAGCGCAGUCAAACUUCCCGAGUGUACGGAGUCCAAGCAAACCUAGAUCCCCUCUGAGCGACAGUUCAAGCAUGUUGAUUCAGGAGGGAAAUGAAUCUGAUGCAACUAAUCCUGACGUGUCAAAGCUAAAAACAGACCUACCUAAUGAAAUAAAAUCUGAGAGUUAUGAAUCCAAAGAGCAGAAACCUGAAACGGCUGCUCCCUGUCAUGGGACGAGAGAACAAGCUGCUGAACAACUUGAACAAAAAGAGCCUGUGAUGCACUCGCAUGCCAAGUCUGCAGCAGACGGCAAAGUUUCAGCAUCCAAGAGUCGGAGUAGAACUGGUCGCAAACUCGGAGCAAAAAGGGCAGAGAAUAAAGCUCCCCAAAACAGAAAGGUCACUGACUAUUUCCCCAUCCGACGAAGUAACAGAAAAACAAAAGCAGAGUUAAAGAAUGAAGAACACAGACACAUUGAUGAUGUGAUAAGGAAUGACAUUGAAGAAGGAAUGCAGAUCAAACACAUAGAAGGAAAAGGAAGAGGAGUAUUUGCUGUCAAGGGUUUCAAGAAGGGAGAGUUUGUCGUGGAGUACCAUGGAGACCUACUGGAACUGGCAGAGGCUAAAAUAAGGGAGGCCCAGUAUGCUCAGGAUCCCCAAACAGGCUGUUACAUGUACUACUUCCAGUACCAAACUAAAACAUACUGUGUGGAUGCUACAAAGGAAACAAGCCGUCUUGGAAGACUUAUCAACCACAGUAAAAAUGGCAACUGCCAGACCAGGCUUCACCCCAUCGAUGGCACCCCUCAUCUGAUCCUGGUGGCUUCCCGAGACAUCGACGCGGAGGAAGAGCUGCUGUACGACUACGGUGAUCGGAGUAAAGCCUCAGUCUUGGCUCACCCUUGGCUCAAAUACUGAAUCCAUGACCACACAUGUUCAUAUUUCAGAUUAAUUGGUGCUUUUUUUCCCCUUUCCUUUCUUUUUUAAGUAUAAAAAUGUUUUUGUUUUAAAUGGAGGCUAAAGCUUCAACUCAUGAAGUGUAUUUUUGCAACAGUUUUUAUGACGCUUUUAUGUAUUUUUUAAAAAAUCUAACUGUAGCAGAUUGAAGCGAGCUUGAAGAAUAUUUCUACUGGAUAAGAAGUGUUUCAAAUUGUCCAUAGAGUUUCCUUUUUGUAAUGAAUAUAUUGACAAUUCAAUUUCACUCUUGUAAAUUAUUGCCUGUGCUGUAAAUUGAGGAAUAAAACACUGUUAAGUUUUCA